GGCGGAUUUUCAGUUGAGGAGGAUUUAAUCUGGGUGGUGUUUAGAGUCCGCUGUAAGAUAACUCAGCGGCAGAAAGGAAAGAAGCAGGACUCCUCUUUACUCUUGUUUGGAAAACGCGAGCGUAAUAAGUCUACAUCCUGCAUAUGCUUCUUUGCGUUGUGAAGGUAUAAAAUGAAGAUCCCUUGUUAUGAGGCUACCAAGGCCAGCAAUAUGGAGAAAAGCUCUGAGUCCAAAGUGGUCCACCUCAAGCCCUCCCCAGUGAAGGAACCAAUCCCCAUCAAAGCUCAGUGUUCCCCAGCAGAAGUGGCCAAAGUGUUGUUCUCCAUCGAGGAUGCCAGUGUGGUCCACGACAAGGAGAACAGCACCGGCAGGGAGCAUGACCAGAGUCUGGAUGAAAUCUUUGAGGACAGCGGCUAUUUGUCUCAGCAAAACAGCCAGAUUCAUUCCCACCAUGGGGAGGAAGAGGAGGAGCACAGCCCAGGAGAACCAGCAGCAACUCCAUCUGCUGCAGCCACACGACAAGAAAAGACGGCGACACCAACUAGUUCUCCCUCCAAAUGUCAAGGGAGAAACAACUUCAGUCGUCCAGCUUCUCUGGUGGUAGUUUCCACUCCUGUGGGUUGUUCUAGGAGACCAGCAGCAUAUUCGCUGUCGUCCACCCCCUCAGACCCUCACAGCGACCCCAAUCUGCCUGUACUGAAUUUCCAGCGGGCUGUGUGUGAAGAGCUGUCUAAGAGCUAUAAGAAGAACAGGAAGUAUGACUGGAGCAUCGUUACAAAGGUAGCAGAGGAUCACCUCUUGGAUCGGGUGAUUGGAGGUCAGAUGGGCGUGGAGUAUCUCGACAUUUUCACAUCUCUGCUGUCCAGAAACAUGAAAAGCAUCCUGACCAGCAUCUUGGCCCUGCUGGGAGACCUGGACCUCAUUAGCUGUAAGAAGGUGAGCAGAACAUGGAGGAAGAUCAUCGGUGAGGAUACAGCAGCUCUGAGCAGGUGUCAGCAGGCAGAGCAAGCACUCAGGGAGUCCAGGAGCUCUCUGAGACAGAAGGGUUGUGGUCUGACUAGAGAGGUGGCUGUAUCCAGGGUGGUGUUGUCCUGCAUGCAGACCCUAGCCUUCUCCAACACUUCUUCCACCCCGAGCUGCAGAACCAGCAGACGGACGGUUCCUGCUCAGAAGAGCAACACGGCCAGCUCUCCGUGCACACGCUUCACUGAAUACAUGCAGGCUGCCAGCACUCUGAAGCAGCACGAGUCUCUGCGUCCCUGCAGGCGCUGUGGUUCUCCUGCAACUCAUUCAACUGAGGUCCAGCAGGCCGUCUGCACCAACUCCAGCUGUCGGUUCAACUUCUGCACUCGCUGCCAGGAAGCCUUCCACGGCUCCACCCCAUGCCGAACGGUGCAGCCCCGACUCCGUGUUCCCACCCCCAAGACGACCUCCAAGACCACCCCGAUCGUCCCGGGUACCAGGAGGAGCACCAGGCGGCUGUGAUGGUAGUUCUACUGGAACAGAGUCUCCUGUAGCUCUGUCUCAACUUAAACACUUGGGAAAGCUUUUACAAAAGCUCACCCUGGAAUCAUUUUAUUACUUGCACUUUGACUGGAAGCACUGCUGGGACAAUCAACCAGAGAGUGGCCUGAUGGAACGGUUGUCUGAGCAGCAAAAACACCUGAUGGCCAAAAAGAAAUGGAAACUGCUUUAAAGCUCACAUUUUUAUUCUAUUUUAUAAUGAAAUGGAUGUAAAUAUAUUGUAUUAUCACUUUUAAAGAGUCUUACUGAUGUUUUAUAAUAAAUGGUGAUCUUCAAGAGGUCUGUAGAAAUUCACAUUUACUGCUUUUGUAUUGUUUGUAAAUAGACUUUUCAUAAAAAUUAAA